CUUUACCCUACAGGGAGAGUGAUGUAUGACAACAAUGAACGCCUCCUUACAUAGUCAAGUCAGAAAAAGCAAAAAAAAAGGAACUAAUCCUUUGUGGGACCAGACUCCCAAAGUUGAGUUCCCCCCGAUCGAUUUCUAAAGAUGGUACCGUGCCAGGGCAGGAUCCCGCAAGAAGGAUGGAAAGCUACUCUGGGAAAACGAGAAGAAAACAGGAGAUAGAAGACUUCUCGGAGAUAAGGCCAAAAGAUGAUGACAGAAUACCCGACCGUCCAGCAUUCUCCGAUCAGAUUACGAUAGGGCCGACCAAUUCAAUUAUCCCUAGGUAUUAACAGCAGACGUGGCGUAGGGUGUCCGCUCCCAACCAAACGUCUCUCAUUCCAACCAUGAAUUUAUUUUUAACGGCGUCCUGGACCAUGGAUCCAAAUGGGUUCCGCAUUACGAUGAUCAUUCCGUCUUGGCAAGCAUCAUUAGUUGCGAAGCACUUCCCGCCAAGGGCUCUUAAAACUGAGGCAAAUCUCCGGAGUAUCCCCUGAAGCUUGUCCUGUUCCUUCUCCCUUUUCCUUUUCCUUCCUAUUCUUUUUAUAUUUCUGCAAUAAUUUGCAAUUACUGCCCAGGGAUUCUGACCUAGUCCCCUGCCCCCGUGACCACCGAUCUCUGGUUCUGAAUUUAUGCACCGGAUUCACUCGUGGGCGAAAGCUCACGCGUCCUCUCGUGGUUCUGCUCCUGAGACCCAGACUCCUUCUAACACCCUUCGUCCUCCAUCCACUUCCGGAGUGACUGCACCCACCGAACAACAUGGAAAAGUGAAUGAAUCUGCCGGGACCCCGGCAAGCUCGGGGUCGAAUCCUGAAAAAUCCGAUGGGGAACAAGAGUCCCCUCCUAACCGAGGCCUUCUCGUCCGUAUGAAGGAUGGCAGCAUCCGGUUCUGCAGUCAUACGAAGAAUGCCCUGUGCCACAGCUGGGUCAAUGUGCUGCUCGUAUUCGUGCCGGUUGGCAUCACCGUCCAGGCUGUCGGGUUAAGCCCGGCGGUGAUUUUUGCCAUGAAUGCAAUCGCCAUCAUUCCUCUGGCCGGUAUAUUGAGCCAUGCGACCGAAUGUGUCGCCAGUCGACUGGGAGAUACCGUCGGUGCUCUCAUUAACGUCACUUUCGGAAACGCAGUAGAAUUGAUCAUCUUCAUUAUUGCUCUCGUCAAGAAUGAAAUCCGCGUCGUACAGGCUUCCCUGCUGGGCUCCAUUCUAGCAAAUCUACUGCUUAUCAUGGGAAUGGCCUUCCUCCUGGGAGGUCUCCGCUUUCAGGAACAAAUCUACAAUAGUACUGUUACUCAGAUGAGUGCAUGUCUGCUUAGCUUGAGUGUCAUGAGUCUGCUUUUGCCGACCGCGUUCCAUGCCUCGUGGUCGGACAAGGCAGUAGCUGAUCGAUACACCCUGAAAGUCAGUCGCGGCACCAGUGUGGUUUUGCUUCUAGUCUACGUCCUGUACAUUAUCUUCCAACUGAAGUCCCACUCCUACCUCUACGCCAGUAUCCCACAACAGAUCAUCGACGAAGAAUCUCACCCGGGUGUGCUGGCCGAUUUUAUGAACCAUUCAUCGGAUUCUUCGACCAGUUCGUCCGACGAAUCGGACGAUACCACAACUUCAUGGACCACCGCUAAGCGGAUCAAGAGGGCUAUGAAAUACCGCAGACAUCGGAAAUCGAGUACGAGCUCCAAGGGCACUGCCUCCACCCCAUCGUUCCGCAAGCAGGCUCUGGCGGAAAUGCCAUCCACGGGAAGCAGUGAGGCGCCUGGUUCCGUUCGCCGUUCGACCUCGAACCCCACAGAUGAUCCAUCAUCCUGUUCCAUUGUUAUCGACGAUGACACCCGCUACGAGGCAGAUAAUGACGCAAACCCUUUCGAACCUCAAUUCCGAGACUUCGGCCAGGAGACAAGUGCGGUCAAGCUCUCCAAGAAAGAACUCAAAGCCAAACGGCGCGAGAUGCGGAAGCAACAAAAGCUGGCGGAGAAGGAAAAUGAGAAGAACGUGGCGGAGAGUGUCACCAAGACACGACCACUGAAAGCCCGCCCGUCGGAACCCCCCCUCGAGUUGAACCCAACGGACAAGGACCUCGAGGAUCCAAAUCUGCCUAAGGGACGCUCCCUUUUCCGCCCUGCCAUCCCAUCGCUGCUGUCGAAUACUGUCUUCUCAAGUUCCCAAACCCCUUAUAAUGUUCGAAGUGAUCCGUCCGGAAACUUGCAUGGCCUUCGACGCACUAACUCUCUGCCUACACAAAUGAAUCGCCCUCCACCCGUUGGAAAUGCGGUUCAAUUCGCCCGAGGCGCAGCCCGCAUGCCCACGGCCGUUAACCCCCAGACCUUACAACCACCGCCGGAAAGUCAGGAGCCGGAAAUGUCGCGUACAACCGCCGUGAUCAUGUUGCUUCUCUCUACAGGUCUCGUCGCCGUCUGUGCAGAGUUCCUCGUGGAUGCAAUUCCUCAGAUGAUCAAAAGCUCGUCAGUCAGCGAGGCCUUUAUCGGUCUGAUCAUUCUCCCCAUAGUAGGCAACGCCGCGGAGCACGUCACCGCGGUCAGUGUCGCCACUAAGAACAAGAUGGAUCUAUCAAUCGGUGUAUCAGUUGGUAGUAGUAUCCAAAUUGCCAUUUUCGUCACCCCUCUGGUCGUCAUUAUCGGCUGGUGUAUGGACAAAGACAUGUCCUUGUACUUUACUCUCUUCGAGACCAUCUGUCUCUUCGUCACGGCUUUUGUGGUGAACUUCCUGGUGCUGGAUGGUCGCAGCAACUACCUUGAAGGCGCCCUCUUGAUCGCCGCUUAUGUGAUUAUCGGUGUUGCUGCAUUUUUCUAUCCACCCGCCAGUGAAUCCAGUGACGUUGCUAGUGCUGGGCAUUAGUUACGCAGCACAUUCCGACAUAGUUGACGCUAGAAUGGAUACUGUCGGAAUUCCCUUUCCUGUUUUCCACAACGCAUACGAAGUUUAAUGUAAUCCUUGGAUAACUUUCUUGUACCAUGACAGGGAAAACGGGGUUGGUUGAUAUGGGACAGAGGUGGACUGGGCGGCGUUGGUACUACCGCCAGAAUGAAUUUUGCUUCUCUGAACAACAGAUAGUUGGACGGCGAUUUCUACUUCUCUAUCACAUAUUUUCGAUUUCCUAUCACAUACUCUGUACGCUUCAGUUUGCCAUUUUUAGUCAGGGUGCAUAUUUCUAUCAGAAUAUCUAGUUGUCUGGGACGCUGAAACAAGUUGCACCAUACUAUCUGUGUGUUGUAAAUUCCAUACGCUGGUCCUGUUAUUGUUGCAAGCGAAAUAAUGGCAUCGCGCGUGAAUAAAUAUUACCCUCUUUAUAGAUGAGCUUGUUCUACCUAGCUAAUUAUAUCAACUUCUGCGUCUCGCCAACAUUGCC